AUGGCUUCCGACAAGGUCGAAAUCGCUCCCAAAUCCAAUAACGACAAGUUCAUCACUGAACCCAUCGUGGCCGAGCCUCACUCCGACUCAGGAAGCAACGGCCACGAUGGCAUGCACGAUGUCGAGAAACAUGGCGCUAAUAGGGAGUCUCUCCCGUUGCCUGACUUGAAGCGCAAGCUCAAGAGCAGACACUUGCAGAUGAUUGCCAUUGGUGGCACAAUCGGAACUGGUCUCUUCAUUGGUAGUGGAACCGCCAUCGCAAAUGCCGGUCCUGCAGGCGCUCUCAUCGCAUACCUCUUUGUCGGCUCUAUCGUCUACUCAGUCAUGACCUCUCUCGGAGAAAUGGCCACCUACAUCCCUAUUCCCGGUGCUUUCACAUCUUACGCUGCGCGAUUCGUCGAUCCCAGUCUGGGUUUCGCCAUGGGUUGGAUCUAUUGGUUUUCAUGGGCUAUUACUUUUGCAUUGGAAUUGACAGCGACGGGAUUGAUUAUUCAGUACUGGGAUCAGUCCAUUUCUAUCGGUGUUUUCAUCGCCGUCUUUUGGGUCUGCAUUACUGCCGCCAAUUUGCUCCCCGUCGGCUUCUAUGGUGAACUUGAGUUCUGGCUCUCGACGGUCAAGAUCAUCACUAUUGUCGGAUUCAUGCUUUUCGCUAUUUGCAUUGACGCCGGCGCCGGCCAUCGCCCAUACCUCGGAUUCCACUAUUGGCACGAUCCGGGUGCCUUCGCGCCCCAUCUCCUCGAAUCUCAAGGUGCCACGGCGAAGUUCGUCGGUUUCUGGGCUGUCUUGAUUCAAGCCGGUUUCUCGUACCAGGGCACGGAGUUGGUUGGUAUCGCAGUUGGUGAAUGCGAAAACCCUCGCAAGACUAUGCCUUCUGCUAUCCGCAAGACCUUCUACCGUAUCUUGCUCUUCUUCGUCCUUACUAUCUUCUUCAUUGGCUUGUUGGUUCCUUACACUAACGACCGUUUGGCUGCCGGUGGCUCAGACGCUUCUGCAUCGCCCUUUGUCAUUGCCGCCGAUCUUGCUGGUGUCAAGGUUUUGCCUGGUAUCAUCAACGGUGUUUUGUUGACCGUGGUCUUAUCUGCAGCCAACUCUAAUGUGUACAGUGGAAGCCGUAUUCUUAUCGGUCUGGCUCAAGAAGGCUUUGCUCCCAGAUUCCUCAAGACGACCUCCGCCAAAGGUGUGCCCUACUACGGAGUCGCCGUGACUUCUGCCAUUGGUCUUUUGGCUUUCUUGAAUCUGUCCAACAACGGCAGCACGGUUUUCAACUGGUUCGUCAACAUCUCCGGUGUCGCCGGGUUCAUCAGCUGGUCCGUCCUUAACGGAUGCCACAUCGCCUUCAUGCGCGCCCUGGCUGCGCGCAACAUUUCCCGAGAUCUGCUCCCUUACAAGGCCAUGUGGCAGCCCUUCUUCGCCUGGUACGGCCUCUUCUUCAACGUCCUCAUCAUCCUGACCCAGGGAUUCACCGCAUUUAUCCCCACAUUCGACGUCUCGAGCUUCUUCGUUGCGUAUAUCAGCUUGAUUCUGUUUGUGGUGCUGUAUCUUGGUCACAAGAUUGUCUUCCGUACCAAGUUUGUGAGCCCUAUCGAUGCGGAUCUUGACACUGGACGGACUGAGCCAGAUAAUGCUGUUUAUGAGUCGCAGGAGCCGACUUCGUUCUGGCAGAAGAUUUUUUAA